AAAAAUUAAUUCUGCUUGAAAAAUAACAUCAAGUAGAUCUAUCUAAGCCUACUUCAAGUACAGUGGUAGAUCUAGAUCUGGAGUAGAGAGAAGUCAAUCAAGCCAAAGCUGUUCUGCUAGGCCUAAUGACAGUAAUGUAGACUAAAAGUUCAGUCUAGACCUGGAGUCUAGAUUCCUCAUACUUAACAAUGGAUAUAAAACAUGCUGUGCAGUCAUUGCAAAUUCAAUGUUGUAAAGUUAUAAGUUUGAACACGAAUUUUACCGAAUCCUUUUUGGAAGAAAUUAAUCAACCAUGUUUGAAUUUGAUAGUGGAUUAUCUGUCAGUGUAUGACAUUUUACGACUGGAGAAAGUACUUUUGAAACGAGGCAUCAAUGUUAAGUCUGCAUUGUACAGAUUGCAGCGUAUUUUAUUCUUUAACAAUGAGACAUAUCCAAUUAAAUCCACAACCUGCCCUCAUCUUUUGGACCUCUUUCCAUGUGAUGGUUGGGACUGGGGAUUGUCAAGACUGUUGUAUCGCAGAGCUAUUGUUCAACUCAUUGAAGAAUAUGAUAAAGGCUCAAGUCUGCCAUCAGGUCAUCUUGUUGAUGCUUAUUCAUAUCUGCUUGACCUUUUCACCCCAAUCAACACACAGCACAUAGGUCAUGUGAAAAAGAGAGUAAUGGACUCUGCAAACAUGGUAGAACAUUUAGCUGUUUUGGCUGCUCAUUAUGUCCUUUUUAUCACCCUGGAUCAAAAACACAGUAAAUUCCUAUUGGAUAGAAAAAAUGAGGCCAUAUUGGAUGCCUUUUGUGGUUCUUUAAUGGUGAUAUCUGUUAUACUGAAGAGUUCUCCUUUGCUACUAACUUUGGUUAAGAUUCUAAAAGAAAGAGCCCAAAAACUGGAAAGAAUUAGCAUCAAUGUUAUACGGACUAAUGAUUUGCAAUAUUUUGACUCUGUUUUGUCCAUCUGUAGUGGAGUAUUGGGAUAUUACUCAACAGUGGAAGGCCAGAAAGAUAAAAAACAUUUAAUGUCAUUGAUUAGCAGUGGUCAGGAUGAAGCAUCCAUUAUUCUAGGACGGGAAAAAAGUGAGACAAACUGUGCAGAGUAUUUAGACCAAACAAUAUCAGAUUCAGAAACAAAUCCUGACUUUGAUCUGAUGGAUGAUGCUGUUCUGUUUGGAACUUCUGGCUCUACUUCUAAGUUUGAUAGCAAUGCUGGAAUGACAAAAGCUGAUUUCAAAUUCACAAAUCUGGUUGAUAAAGAUUUCUAUGUCCCAGUCUUGGAUCAUCAUCUUAGAUCUUGGCUUUCACUCAGAGAGCUUCACCUUGGAGUUCCUGAGUUACCUCCUCAAUUACUGCAAGGGCUAUGCAGUCUACUUCAGAGAGCUCAUUUAAAAAGUUUUACUUUGUCUUCUACUGAUUAUAAUUAUUUGAUAAUGGAAGACAUCUUGACAGCAGUGGCCAGCAGGUCUACCUAUCCACUUGAUAAAUUAAUGUUUGUUAGUUUACAAGAAAGGGUUGAAAACAUUGAAGACCUGCUUGUCAAUGAUCAUCUCAGUGGGAAAAGCUCUACAGAAAUAGAUACAUUUAUUAAACUCCAGGAAUCUCAAAAAAUUGCUGCACUUGGAGAGUUUCUAGGUACAAAACUUUUGGAAGUUUAUUUGUGUACACUUGGAGUUAAAACUGAAUGUGUACUUGCUGGCUUUGUGUCCAGGGAUGCAGCGUUAACAAAUCUGUGUUUCAGUAACAGUGUAUCUCGACUUUUUGUUCAGAAUCAUCUUAGAUAUCUAACUAUAAAAAACAGACAAAUGACCACACUAAUUCUUGAGGACUGGCAAGUCUUGACACCAGCCAGUUGCUCAGCACUUUCUAGUUGCCUGUCCACCCUAAAGAUGUCUUUACAAAGUUUGAGUUUGAAAGGAUGUCUUCAUACGGCAAAUAUUGAUAGAUUAGCUGAAAUAUUUAUCCCAGUAUCUAUGUGUAAAAAUCUGAUAGCCCUGGAUCUGUCUGAAAACAAUUUAGGCGAAGCAACUCUUUCCUUUGUGAGCCAGAUAAUUAGAGACACUCAUGUUAAGGACAUUUCUUUAAGAAAAAAUGGUUUUUCAUGUUCAGCUAUAGUUCAUUUCUUGAAAGAAAUUUCAGGAACACACAACCUAGAAACAUUAGACUUGAGAGGCAAUAGAUUCCUAGAUUGCCACAGACAACAGUACAGUGAGUUGGCUCAUAAUGUUGCCAAAUUUAUUUUAGUAGACAAUGCUUUGAACAAUAUAGAUGCCAGAUGACAAAAACAUGAUCACUUCUGUGUUGGUUAAAACAUGAUCACUUCUGUGUUGGUUAAAACAUGAUCACUUCUGUGUUGGUUAAAACAUGACCUUGUCUGUGUUGGUAAAAACAUGAUCACUUCUGUGUUGGUUAAAACAUGAUCACUUCUGUGUUGGUUAAAACCUGACCUUGUCUGUGUUGGUUAAAACCUGAUCAUGUCUGUGUUGGUUAAAACAUGACCUUGUCUGUGUUGGUUAAAACCUGAUCAUGUCUGUGUUGGUUAAAACCUGAUCAUGUCUGUGUUGGUUAAAACAUGACCUUGUCUGUGUUGGUUAAAACAUGACCUUGUCUGUGUUGGUUAAAACCUGAUCAUGUCUGUGUUGGUUAAAACCUGACCUUGUCUGUGUUGGUUAAAACAUGACCUUGUCUGUGUUGGUUAAAACAUGACCUUGUCUGUGUUGGUUAAAACCUGAUCAUGUCUGUGUUGGUUAAAACCUGAUCAUGUCUGUGUUGGUUAAAACCUGAUCAUGUCUGUGUUGGUUAAAACCUGAUCAUGUCUGUGUUGGUUAAAACCUGAUCAUGUCUGUGUUGGUUAAAACAUGACCUUGUCUGUGUUGGUUAAAACAUGAUCACUUCUGUGUUGGUUAAAAUCUGACCUUGUCUGUGUUGGUUAAAACAUGACCUUGUCUGUGUUGGUUAAAACCUGAUCAUGUCUGUGUUGGUUAAAACCUGAUCAUGUCUGUGUUGGUUAAAAAAUGAUCAUGUCUGUGUUGGUUAAAACCUGAUCAUGUCUGUGUUGGUUAAAACCUGAUCAUGUCUGUGUUGGUUAAAACCUGAUCAUGUCUGUGUUGGUUAAAACAUGAUCAUGUCUGUGUUGGUUAAAACAUGAUCAUGUCUGUGUUGGUUAAAACAUGACCUUGUCUGUGUUGGUUAAAACAUGAUCACUUCUGUGUUGGUUAAAAUCUGACCUUGUCUGUGUUGGUUAAAACAUGACCUUGUCUGUGUUGGUUAAAACCUGAUCAUGUCUGUGUUGGUUAAAACCUGAUCAUGUCUGUGUUGGUUAAAACAUGACCUGUUCUGUGUUGGUUAAAAUCUGACCUUGUUUGUGUUGGUUAAAACCUGAUCAUGUCUGUGUUGGUUAAAACAUGAUCAUGUAUGUGUUGGUUAAAACCUGAUCAUGUCUGUGUUGGUUAAAACCUGAUCAUGUCUGUGUUGGUUAAAACAUGACCUUGUCUGUGUUGGUUAAAACCUGAUCAUGUCUGUGUUGGUUAAAACCUGAUCAUGUCUGUGUUGGUUAAAACAUGACCUUGUCUGUGUUGGUUAAAACCUGAUCAUGUCUGUGUUGGUUAAAACAUGACCUUGUCUGUGUUGGUUAAAAUCUGACCUUGUUUGUGUUGGUUAAAACUUGAUCAUGUCUGUGUUGGUUAAAACAUGACCUUGUCUGUGUUGGUUAAAACCUGAUCAUGUCUGUGUUGGUUAAAACCUGAUCAUGUCUGUGUUGGUUAAAACCUGAUCAUGUCUGUGUUGGUUAAAACCUGAUCAUGUCUGUGUUGGUUAAAACCUGAUCAUGUCUGUGUUGGUUAAAACAUGACCUUGUCUGUGUUGGUUAAAACCUGAUCAUGUCUGUGUUGGUUAAAACAUGAUCAUGUCUGUGUUGGUUAAAACAUGAUCAUGUCUGUGUUGGUUAAAACAUGAUCAUGUCUGUGUUGGUUAAAACAUGACCUUGUCUGUGUUGGUUAAAACAUGAUCAUAUCUGUGUUGGUUAAAACAUGACCUUGUCUGUGUUGGUUAAAACAUGAUCAAGUAUUUGUUUAAUAUUCAGCAUUAGAGUUUGUGGAAAGUUCAUUUCUCUGUCACCAUAAACUUACCUGUAAUUGAUUCUUACUGUUUGAAAGCAUUGAGAAAACUACACAGGUAAAUGGUGUUACUUUGACGACAAAAAGACUUUAUCCAAAGAAAAUUGUUAGAAUAUUAAUGUGGUAUAAAUAAUGAAAUGAUAUGUCCAACUCUUUCAUUGUAUUGUUUUAAUUACUUGAUGUGAUAGUAACUUUUAUAAAAGUCAGCUUAUCAUUAAAUGUGUACAUAAAAUAUGAUUAAAAGAAUGUUUGAAACAAUUUGUGACAUUUUGUAUGUGCUAUGCAACAUUCAUUCAAUCAUUAAACAACUAUUUUUUAAACAGAA